GUAAACUCAAAAUACAAUUCUUCCAAGGUAUCGCUCUAGAAGACAAAUUAGUUGUCUUCAAGUACUCCAGGUAAGCGCCCGUUACAUAAGCACGCAUCCUUCUCCUCCUCAGCUCUUGUCUCAGCUUUGCAUCCUCUCAUCUUCAGCUAGUCUUGGCUUUGUAUACACCUCAACUCAGCCUCUCUCCAGCUUUACUAUCACUCCGUGCUUAAAGCUUAAGAUCUCCCCUCUCGCGUAGUGACAUCUACCUCGACUUUUCCCCCUCACCGCCUCCCCCCGACCUUUUUCUUCUAACCUGCCAUCCUACCAUCCCCUCAAAAAUGUCUAAUUCUCGUCCCGCCACCAACACGGCCGCCGACUCUCCAUCUUCCAAGCUUAUACCGGAAGCAAGCGUUGCAAAGAAGAAUAAGUGGCAAACGCAAUUCGACGUGCAAGCCCCGCCGAAAUGCGAAAUGUGCGAUGCUGAGGUGAAGGAUAUGGAGGCCCGGAGAACGCACAUGGCUGAAACGAAACACUGCCAUUGUUUUGAAUGUGACGCGUAUGUCCCGCCGGGCAUGCUGUACUCGCACUGGAGCGACGCGCAUGAGGACUUGACGUGGAACGACCAUGCCGUUGCUCACACAGAUUCGGUGAACGUGAGGGACGCGAUGCCGUGGGUGAGGGAAGCGAUCGAGAAGAGGAGAGCGGCAUUAUAGUGACAGGGCAUGUGUCGAGAGUGAGCUUUUGGAGAGUGGCAAUUUGUAAACUGCUAAAGAAGAAGGCAGGAGUGUUGAGAAUACGUGAGAGAUGAC